UGACGCCCCUUAUUAUUCCCACAGCCUAUAAAUGUAUUGUAUAGAAUGGUAAACGCCUAUCUUUUAUGUAAAACAACGGUUUAUGGUAGCGAUAUUAAUAUUUUCCCACUAAACUCGUUUCUACAUUAGUCUCUAUGAUAUGUCAGUGCACACUAAAGGCAAUGCACUAUAGUCCAAACAUACCCUUUCAUCACCCAGACUAAAGGUGCAGCGCACCUUGCAUCUGUCUAUGACGUCACUAUGUGCACGAAUGUCUGUUGUCCGUGUACACUGCAUCUCAUUUUAUAAAUACAUUCUGCUCCUUGACGUGGCACUGGGGGGCGCCAUGUUGAUGACGUCACGCGGUGCGCUGGCCGCAGCUGAGAGCAAGAGUCUGGAAUAGGGAGGUGAGUGCGAGCGGUAAGAGGGAAAGAGGGAGUGUCUGACCAUGACAACUUUCCUAGAAUUUAUUCAGCAGAACGAGGACAGAGAUGGGGUCCGUUUCAGCUGGAAUGUGUGGCCUUCAAGCAGAUUGGAGGCCACAAGAAUGGUGGUGCCAGUAGCAUCCCUCUUCACGCCAUUGAAAGAGAGACCAGACCUUCCUCCUAUUCAGUAUGAGCCUGUGCUUUGCAGCAGGACUACCUGUAGGGCUGUGCUAAAUCCUUUAUGCCAAGUGGAUUAUCGAGCAAAGCUAUGGGCCUGCAACUUUUGUUACCAACGAAAUCAGUUUCCUCCCACAUAUGCUGGCAUCUCAGAAAUGAAUCAGCCUGCUGAACUCCUGCCUCAGUUCUCCAGCAUUGAAUAUGUAGUUCAGAGAGGCCCCCAGAUGCCUCUUAUCUUUCUGUAUGUGGUGGAUACUUGCAUGGAGGAUGAGGAUCUGCAGGCUUUGAAGGAGUCUAUGCAAAUGUCUCUCAGCUUGCUGCCUCCCACUGCUUUGGUGGGGCUGAUAACGUUUGGCCGUAUGGUGCAUGUCCAUGAACUCGGAUGUGAGGGCAUUUCUAAGAGCUAUGUUUUCAGAGGAACCAAAGAUGUGUCUGCAAAACAACUACAGGAAAUGUUAUCACUUACAAAACCGACACCUGCUCAAGGUGGACGUGGUCCGCAAGUUCAGCAGCCUCCUCCCUCUAACAGAUUUUUGCAGCCUGUACAGAAAAUCGACAUGAACCUCACUGACUUGUUGGGAGAACUACAACGUGAUCCAUGGCCGGUACCACAAGGCAAGAGACCUUUGAGGUCAUCAGGAGCGGCCCUCUCCAUAGCUGUUGGCCUUCUUGAGUGCACAUUUCCUAAUACAGGGGCCCGGAUUAUGACGUUCAUUGGGGGACCAGCCACACAAGGCCCAGGGAUGGUAGUGGGAGAUGAACUUAAAAUCCCCAUCCGUUCGUGGCACGACAUUGAAAAGGACAAUGCCAAAUAUGUAAAAAAGGCAACCAAGCAUUAUGAAGCUCUUGCAAACCGUGCUGCAGCGUCUGGCCAUGUCAUUGAUAUCUACGCCUGUGCACUGGAUCAGACAGGACUUCUGGAGAUGAAGUGCUGCCCAAACCUCACAGGGGGUCACAUGGUAAUGGGUGAUUCUUUCAACACAUCUUUAUUCAAACAAACCUUUCAGAGGGUCUUUACCAAAGAUUCACAGGGGAGCUUCAAGAUGGCAUUUGGAGGUACAUUAGAAAUUAAGACAUCAAGAGAAUUGAAGAUUUCAGGGGCUAUUGGUCCAUGUGUGUCCCUGAAUGCCAAAGGACCCUGUGUGUCUGAAAACGAGAUUGGAACAGGAGGCACCUGCCAGUGGAAAAUAUGCGGUAUUAAUCCCACCACAACCUUAGCUGUGUACUUUGAAGUUGUCAACCAGCACAACGCUCCUAUCCCUCAAGGAGGAAGAGGUGCGAUCCAGUUUGUGACACAAUACCAGCAUUCAAGUGGGCAGAGACGGAUCCGUGUGACAACAAUUGCAAGAAAUUGGGCUGAUGUGCAGACUCAAAUCCAAAACAUAGCUGCCUCUUUUGAUCAAGAGGCCUCGGCUAUCAUUCUGGCCAGGUUGGCAGUAUACCGAGCAGAGACUGAGGAAGGGCCAGAUGUUCUGAGGUGGCUCGACAGGCAGCUCAUUCGGCUGUGUCAGAAAUUUGGAGAAUACCACAAGGAUGACCCUAACUCUUUCCGAUUUUCUGAGACCUUCUCUCUCUACCCACAGUUUAUGUUUCACUUGAGAAGAUCUCCAUUCCUACAAGUGUUUAACAACAGCCCAGAUGAGAGUUCCUAUUAUAGACACCACUUCAUGCGACAGGAUCUCACUCAGUCACUAAUCAUGAUACAGCCAAUCCUUUACUCCUACUCCUUCAGUGGACCACCAGAGCCUGUACUUCUUGACAGCAGCAGUAUUCUUCCAGACAGGAUUCUCCUCAUGGACACAUUUUUUCAGAUUCUCAUCUACCAUGGUGAGACUAUAGCACAGUGGCGAAAGGCAGGAUAUCAAGACAUGGCAGAGUAUGAGAAUUUCCGCCACCUGCUGCAAGCGCCCAUAGAUGACGGGCAAGAAAUCCUUCACACUCGUUUUCCAAUGCCUCGAUAUGUAGACACAGAGCAUGGAGGGAGUCAAGCUCGAUUCCUGCUCUCGAAAGUGAACCCUUCUCAGACUCAUAACAACAUGUAUGGCUGGGGACAGGAGUCCGGAUCCCCUAUCCUAACAGAUGAUGUCAGCCUGCAAGUGUUCAUGGAUCAUCUAAAGAAGCUUGCUGUGUCAAGUGCAGCUUAGUAGAACCACAGCAUGGCUGGAACUACUUUUAUUAUCUGAAGUUCUGAUCACCACUCUUCUGGCUUUCAGACAUAUUCUGCAGAGUUGGAGGAAGAACCUUCUGCACCUGAUCAAUAUGGGCUGGUGCACUGGCAUCCUUACUACUUCUCUGUCAUUUGCAGAUUUGCAAACCUUGUGAACAUGCUGCCUACAUAUUACACUAUAAAUGCUAUAGAACAUGUAUUUAAUUGCUUAGCAACAGCUAAUUACCCUUAAGUAAAUAUUCCUCAUGAGCCAAAAGAACAAAAAAUCGUUAUCCAUUGUAUAACCCUAUUAGGUGUGUAACACACUACAAGCUGUUAAAGCAGUAAUAUUAUCUAAAACUCCCUGUAAAUGCAAUAAAUCAAAUAGUAUAGAAUUUACAUAAAAUAUAUAUAUUUUAAAUAAGAUAUUUACCAAUAUUGCUCAUAAAUUUCAGUCUAUUGAAAGAAAAAAAAAACUAUCUGAGGUAAUUGGAUGUUAUAAAAAUGUAUUAUUUUUCCUCUGUGUAACUUGCAUAUGCCCAGCAAUCUAAAUUUGAGAAUGUAGACUAUGUAAUGUCCUACAGCCUUUGUUUCAGCACUUGACAGCUUGUUUGUAUAUUUAUUCAUUCUUAAACAAGCGCCAAUUGUUUGGGACAGGAGCGUGAUUGCUUGACGGAUAAAUGCUGUUGUAAAGUGAGCAACUUUUUUAUUCAGUUAUUUCUAUAUGGCUCCCGCAAUAUUGAGUCAUGUUUUUGGAAAAUGAAAAUUUGCCAGUUUUGAAAACAUUUCCAAUUACCUCAAAUAAUCCAUGUUAUUAACAUUUGCAAUACUGUCAAGGAUCAAUGCCAAGGUUACAUUACAAUUCUCUGAUUUGGCCAAACUAUUAAUGAUGCAUUUACUUCAGUGGCUAGGCCCAUUUAUCAUGUUUACACAAACACUAUUAUUAUUCUUGUUUUUUAUGUGUCCUUUAGUACAUAUGUCAAUCCCAGUGCUAAGCAGUAUUCAUAUUUUUGCAUGCGUGUUGUGUUAUUUUAUUUAAAAACAAAUUCCAUGAUUUUUUUUGAACUUAUGUUAUAGCUUUUGAUAUUGAGAGCAACCAAACAUAGUUACAGGCCUCUCUGACGGCACACAAUAGCAGAACAUACAUGUGUGGAAUAUUUAUCUAGGAGAACCUCCCAUAUCAUCAAAUUUCUUACGACUCCCAUAGUUUGUCCCUUUUUGUGUUUACAUCUGUCAUGUUUUCUCUUGUUUUACUCCAAAAAUAAACCUAGUUUUAAGCCAAAGCCAUGUCCAUGUUUUACCCUUCCAUUGCUGAGGAUGUUUUGUAGGCAAAUAAGCUGAAGAGAUGUGACAUGUAAUUUCUUCAGCUGCUGUUACCAUUUCAGUUCAUCCUUUUCUCUAUGGAGACAAAUAAAUGAAAUAAGAUUU